AUGGAUUCUUCAUCAAAACUCAUCGACCAAGCGCUACCGCCUCUCCUCGCAUUACCCGUCGAGCUCAAAUGGCAGAUCAUCUCCCACCUCGAUCAUGAUGAAUAUCCAUCGCUGGCAUGUUUACGUCGCACACACUCCUCUUUCCUCAAUGUAAUCCCCAAAGCUCAGAUCCGCUCCAAACUGUCUGACACCGAGCUCUCCAACCAACUCCUCAAAACCGAACUAGAAUACGCAUACCUUUUGCCCGUCGUCCAUUACCCUUGCUACAUCUGCGCAAGAGUGCUGCCCAUAUGGGAUUUCGCCACCACACCUUGUCGCCGCUCCGACCACCUUGACGAUGAACCGUAUUGGGGUCGCCGAUCUUGCGAGGACUGCUGCAUGCUGAAGACGAGUAGCUACAGGAGGUCUUUUAUCGAAUCGCUCGUUUGGAUCGGAACCACGCUCGAGGAACUCCCUACGCCACCCUUACGCCCUCGAUUACGUUCAGGCAAUGAGACUUCCGUGAAGGUGAUGACGGAGGAUCUAUUUGAGCACAUGCGGAACCUCAGGCAGCAGGCGCAGGAUCACGGAGCCGAGACCUCGUUGAGGCUAGCGAGGCGUGAUUCAUAA